AUGGAAGCGCUUCGAGGGAUAAUUGACAAGGUAGGCAACAAGUCGAACGACGACGACAAGCAUUCAAGAUCCAGCCCGGAUGCCAGCUCAGCGUACCGCUCUUCUGAUGCCAGUGGGGAGCCUGAUGUCGGGACGAAGAGCUACUCACGUGACAAGCGCGGCUCACAUGAUGAUUGGGAUGAUCGUCGCAAAAGUGUCCCCGACACAUCGUCAUCUUAUUCGUCUCGUGCUGGUGGAGACAGUGGAUACUCGAGAGGGUCAAGUCGUGGCGCAGCCUCGGGUCUUGGCAGUGAGAGAAGUGUAACAGGUAAUGCGGGACGUAUCGACAAGCCAAACUAUUCGAUGACGGGCGGAGUAGGUAGUUCGUCGAAUACGACGGGAAGCAGUAGCGACAACUAUUCCGGCAUGGGUCGUCGCCACAAUACCACGAAGGACUCGCGGCAUUCAGCCUAUGACGACAACGUCGACUACUCGAGCAAUUCGAGUGGAACUACCGGAGGCCACGUCCAAGAUGACGAGACGGGCGAAAUGUGUCGUGGCCGUGGUACACGUGGAGAGCGUGGUCACACAAGCCACUCGGUUGGAGAAGGCAUGUCAAGUGGCAAGCACAACCAUGGACGCUACGGAUCGGCUAGCAAUAACAACGACUACAGCUAA